UAAAACGACACAUGUUCCGCUCUGAGCGACGCGAUCGCCUACUUUGAAUCGGUUAUUUUUGGGCCUAAACAUUUUUUUUUACCCUCUGAGGCCUCUCAAAAUAAUAAAUGAUGAAAAGAAAUCCAUAAUAUGCGAUUUGAGUUCGAGUGAAGCUGAAAAGUGUGCAAGGAUUUCAAAUACACAAUCGUCCAACAAUCAUUCAAUGAAAGUGAAAACGAAAAGAAAAAUCUAAAAACAAAAAACAAAAACCUCUGAAAAUAAUUUGGAAAUCAACUUCUCCCCACCCCAGUCUCCCCUUUGGAUUAGCUGCAGAAUUUAAAGAAUUUGGUUUAAAUAUUUGAAUUAUGGGCUUAGAAAAGCAUUAUUUGAGAUAUGGACGCACUGCUAGAGAUCACAUACUUGACUGGGCCAGCUGUGGGCGUGGUCGUCGACAUCACCAACAGCAGCAGCAGCAGCAGCAUCACCACCAACAACAACAACAACUGCAACAGCAGCCGCAGUCGCAGUCGCUGCCACAUCAGCAGCAUCAAUCACAGGGUUCACAGGGAUCAACUGCCACAGGGCGACGUUCACGCCCUCAUGUAACACACAGAGGAACGCCGUUGUCCAUGUUAAUAUCGCAUGGCGUUAAGAUUAGCAAUAAUAGACUAGCUGUGAUAAUAAUUGGUAUAGUUACCUUAAUCUUAGGCAUAGUUUUAUCAUCCAUACCCUGGCUAGAUUAUUUUAUACUAAAGAAUUUAAGGCUGUGGAAUGAUACACUAAGCUAUCAUUAUUGGCAAAGACCCGGAGUCAUACGACUAACCAAGGUCUAUAUCUAUAAUGUAACAAAUCCAGAUGGGUUUCUCAAUGGAGAGAAGCCUAAAUUGCAAGAGGUCGGACCUUUUGUCUACAGAGAAGAUAUGGAAAAGGUGAAUGUGAAAUUCCAUGAGAAUAAUUACACAGUGUCAUAUCAGCAUAAGAAGAUAUUACAAUUUGUUCCUGAACUGAGUAUUGAUAAGAAUACGCCCAUAGUCACACCCAAUAUACCCUUGCUGACCCUGACCAGUUUGAGUCCCAAGUUGGGUUAUCUGCUAUCGAAGACCAUUUCGGUGGUAUUGACAGCUGCGAAAUUUAAACCGUUCAUCAAUGUGACAGCCGAUCAAUUGGUGUUUGGCUAUGACGAUGCUCUGGUCAGUUUGGCCCAUCGUUUCUAUCCGAAGCAUAUGCGCCCCAUGGAACGCAUGGGCCUUCUAUUGGGGCGCAAUGGGACAUUAAGUGAAAUCUCUACCAUUAAGACAGGCUAUCAGGGCAUGGAUCAAUUCGGCUAUAUUGACUCGUUAAAUGGAAUGGAUCAUUUGCCCCAUUGGAACGAGGAACCAUGCACAAGUGUGGCCGGAUCGGAGGGAUCGUUCUUUCCGCCGCGCGAUAUAACCAAAUCGAAUAAGAUCUAUAUCUAUGACAAGGAUCUGUGUCGCAUUAUUCCCUUGAAUUAUGUUGAAAGUGUGGCAAAAGAUGGCAUUGCAGCGGAUCUGUUUCGGUUGCCCAACAAUUCUUAUGGCGAUUCUGAGCAUAAUCCGGAGAACAGAUGCUUCGAUUCCAGUGACUAUGAGGCCAUACGAGGACUACAGAAUAUCAGUCCAUGCCAAUAUGGGGCACCGGUCUACAUAUCAAAUCCACACUUCUAUGAUGCUCAUCCCGAGUUGCUCGAAUCUGUGGAGGGCCUGCAGCCGGAUCAAAAAAAGCAUGAAACAUACUUCAAAAUACAACCGAAACUUGGAGUACCAUUGGAGGGCAAAGUGCGGAUACAGUUAAAUCUUAAAGUGACACGUGCCAAGGACGUUUAUCCGGUGCGUGACUUUCGUGAUUUUGUAUUUCCGGUUAUGUGGCUAGAAGAGGGCAUAUCCGAGCUAACACCUGCCAUUAAGCGCUGGAUUUAUCUGGCCACUGUUAUAGCACCGUAUGCCGCUCCUAUUGGAUCGUAUCUCAUGAUAUUUGGCGGUGCAUCUGCCAUCAUAUUCAGCUUCAUACGAGCCUAUCAGAAUUUCGUGUUUGCCCGCGAUCCAACGCUUGAGAUACUCGAAAUGGGUCGUCGUUCGCUGCGUCGCGGCAGCAGUUUCAUUGCCCAUCAGCAGCAUAAGCUAUUGCUUCAUCAUCGCGACAGUUAUUCGCUGCUGCGGCACGGACCGAUGGCCACCUGCAUGGGGGAGGCGGAUAGUGAAGAUGUUCAGCCCAUUAUUGGUGAUGGCAAUUUAGUCAGCCCGGAAAUAUCAUAGAUGAGGAGGUAUUCAAUAGAACUUAUUCCGCGUAAGAUAAUCGUGUGUCUGUCUGUGUGUCAUUUAUGUGCGUGUGUGAAUGUGUGUGUGUAUGCCUGUAUUAGUGUGUGGAUCAUUUAGUCUUACAUUUAGUCUCGUUAUGGCCAAAUUUGUGGCAUAUUUUAUAUUCUUGCCACGGGUUUUUUUUAAUUUUUUGGUUUUUUUUUUUUGGUUCAUUCAUUCUCAUUAUGUUUGUAUUCAUAUUGAUUCCAUUUCUUGCAACCAACACCAAAUCGGUUCUGUAUGUAUUGUAUUGUACUGUAACGUAUUUUGUAGAUAAAUUAAUAAUUCAUUUAAAACAAAAACAAGCAAAAAAACAAAAAAAAACCGAAAGUGUUGAUGAAAGCUACAAAUAAUUGCCUAGUCAUUUUUACAAUGUGAAAAAUGCGAGCUCGUUUCUAGUUGUUAGUUUAGUUAGACAUAUGUAUAUAGAUAUAAAUAUUAUUAUUAUUAUUAUUAUGUGUGUAAAGAAAGACAAAAACUAAAUGACAAACAUUUGUGUAUGUUAAAUAAUUGUA